AUGCCAAGAAUUCGUCGCAGAGCACUUGGCUGUCUGAUGAAUCGAGUGGGGAACGUAGAAGCCCGCAUCCCGACUAUGACGACAUCAGAGAUCAUACUAACAGUUGAUGAAGACCUUGAAACUGAGCUCUCGAUCGAAGACACGAAAUGUCGAGUCGAUAACGCGAUGGCGAGUAGGGAAGGGGACGGCGACAUCAAACUGGUCAUCGAUCUGGCGACAACACGAGUUUUGGACCAACAGCAAAUCCAAAUGGAACUCGAAAUGGCAGCGAUUUCUCUACAACGGCAGAAGAAAAUUGCAACAGGAGAGCAGUUUUCGUUCACAACCCACUGCUUGCGUGAGGCGGAGGUGACGAAGGAAAAGAUCCUUCGCAUGGGAACCCGUUACCUGAUCAUGGAUUUUCUCUACGAGUAUAUUACGGAGUGGGGUGAAGCAUCGAGUUUCGGAAGACAAGACUUCAUCGCACGCAAACACUACGCUUUUGGACCAGAAGCUAUUCGGGAUUUGAUAACCCCAGCGUGA